AUGCCACUCAUACUCAUAUCUGGCUUCCCGUCAAGCGGCAAAACAUACCGCAGCGAGCAGCUCAAGGAGUAUUUUGCGCAAAAGAUUGCAGCUUCAGAAGAUGCGCGUAUCUCAAAGAUCAAGAUCCACCACCUGAACGAUCAGAAUCUGGGACUCGAUCGUGAUGUGUAUGGUGCUGCUAGAUCGGAGAAAGAUGCACGCGCGACGCUGUCUUCAGCCAUCAAGCGCGACUUGACUGCCACGUCAAUUGUCAUCGCGGACUCGAUGAACUACAUCAAAGGCUUCCGCUACCAGAUGUUCUGCGAGGCAAAAGCUCAACGUACACCAAGCUGCGUGGUGCACGUUGGAACACCCGCCGACAAGUGUCGCGAGCUGAACAAAAAAGCUCUUGCAGACGGUACUGGUGGCUACCAGACCGACUUGUUCGAAAACCUAGUAUUCCGCUACGAAGAGCCGAAUGGCAUGACACGCUGGGAUUCACCCCUAUUUACUGUCCCUUACGAAGACGAGACACCGCCACUUGAAGAGCUUUGGGAAACACUGGUUGGAGGAAAGGUAAAGGCCGUCAAGCCCAACUCGGCCACAAUCCUAGCCCCUGUCACUGAGCAGAACUAUCUCUACGAGCUGGACAAGACAACUUCGGAUAUCGUAUCACAAAUCUCGAGCUGGCAGAAGGAUCAUCCGGGAGAGAGCGGUGGUGAGAUUACUGUUCCUGGUGUCGAGAACGUGAUCGAACUUCCCGCCAAUCCUCUUGGUCUACCGCAACUGCAGCGUCUGCGCAGGCAGUUCAUCAGCAUGAACCGCACGCACAAUCUAAGCAAGGACCGCAUCAAGGACUUGUUUGUUGACUAUCUCAACGACACUUUCCAAGCUGCUUGA